UCCUUGAUUAGGCGCGCAUUGUUGGCAUGACCCCGUUACGAGAAGAUUUCAAUUUUUGUCGAUUUUUAUAUAUUUUAGGCAACUGUAGAAGUGGUUCUGCGUUGUACAGUUCCAUUAUGUCUGUUUUCUUCUAGCUCAAUUGCUUUGUUUUGUCAGCAUAUCAAUAACCACUUCAAGGAUAAAUCUGAGAACUGCAACUUAUUUCUCUGUCCGCGUUGUACACAAGGGUUCACAACUGGACGUUACUGGCUGAGACAUUAUGAAAGAACCCAUGCUGUCAAGCAAAGUACGUCACAGUCGCACAAAGAGAAAGGAAGGCAAAGUCUGGAGGAGUCACCUUCAAUCAGUACUCAUUGUCAGGAAGAAGCUGAGGUUGAGACUGAGGCCUGGUGCUUGGAUGAUCAGGGUGAGAAAGGCUCUACAGCAAAAACUGAAGACAGUAGCCGGGAGAAAAUAGCACGUUUCUUGCUUCGAUUGCAAUGUGAGCAUGGGAUGUCACGGGCUGCAACAUCUUUCGUGGCUAGUGAGAUAGGAGAAAUCGUCGACACCGCUCUUAAGGAGCAGAAUGAGAGCAGAGCAUCAAAGUCGUCUUCAGUUAAGCAGGCUUGUGAAGAGUUUGCAAGCGAGUAUAAAUUGAGCAAAUUCUGCCAUGAGGAGCUCUGCUACAUUGCACCUACGACUCAGAUCCUUACCACAGGGGGUGGUGAAUUCCAAUCCAGCUAUCAGUAUGUGGAUGUCAAGAAACAGCUGACAAGUCUCUUGGAAAAUGGCAGGCUGGAAAACUGCAAACGGGACAGAUUGGUCAAGCUUGUGCUCUACUUUGAUGAAUUUGGUGUGUGUAACCCUCUGCGGAAGAAAGCAUCUGAUUAUAGUCUGGGUGGUUGCUAUUUUGCGGUCGAUGAGGGCUUGUCAAUGUCGGUGCUGAGUGACAUUCAUCUCCUCCUACUAUGUCCUACAAAGCUCAUCAAGCUUCAUGGUUUGAACACAGUCAUGAAGCCUGUGACAGAUUCCCUGUGUGACCUCUUGAACAAUGGCCUGGAUACUUGUGGCACUCAUUUUGAUAUCAAAGUGGAGUUUGUGUGUGGUGACAACCUGGGAGUGCAUAAGAUGGCGGGCUUCCAGGAAUCAUUUUCGUCAGGGCAGCGACCAUGCCGAACAUGCCACGCCACAAAUGAGGACUUUGGUACAAAGCUCACAGAGCAAGAGCUGACCCUUCGUACUGAGGAGGAGUACCAAGAAGAGCUGAACAUGUGUGAGAAUGGAGACAAUGAGGAAUCACGAAAAGCAUUUGGUAUCAACUCAAAAUGUGUGUUUGAUGAGCUGAAAGACUUUAAGGUCACAGAGAUGUUUCCACCAGAUAUCGCGCACGAUCUGUUUGAAAGUGGCGUAGUCAAUCAUUCCUUGGCUCUGGUGCUAUCAUACCUGAUUUUUCAAAUCAAACUCUUCACAUUCGCCUCAGUUCAAAAGGCUAUGAAAUCCUUCUCAUAUGCGAGAGUCGACAAAGCGAACACUCCUCCCAUGCUUCAAGCAAAGGGGCGCAAAGUGCUCGUCAAAGGCACUUUCAGUCAGUGCUGGACUUUCCUCCGAGUUCUCCCUUUCAUGAUCGGUCCACUGGUCCCACCAGAUCAAAAGGCGUGGCUUCUUGUGACCGGUUUGCUUUCUCUUGUACAACUCAUUUGUGCUCCACGUAUGGACGGUGAAAUUCUUGCAAGAAUGCAACCUUCAGUAGAGCAGUGGCUGCGUGAGUUCUGUGGAAUGUUCCCGGACUUCAAAAUCAAGCCGAAGUUCCACUACUUAUUACAUUACCGGCACUGGGCAGCACAAAUUGGUUCCUUGAGGAAAGCUUGGACUAUGCGUUUUGAAGCUAAACACCAGCAGUUCAAGAUCUACGCAUCUCGAGCACACAACACCAAGAACAUUUGUAAAACCCUGGCAGUGCGACAUCAAGAAGCGGUAGCUGCAUGCGAAGGAAAGCAAAAGAAGAUGAUGGGGAAGAAAUGCAAGCCAUGCCUAGUUACAGGUGCAUUCGGAUGGGAGGUGGAUGACCGAGCUACGUACACCAAGAUGGCAGUGCUUGCGGGACAGAAGUACUGCGUCGAUGAUGUGCUGAUCGUGAGAAACCCGGCUGCUUCAAGCUCAGAGAGCUGUGAUCUUCUUCGCGUAGCAUAUUUUCAGUUUGAUGCAGUAAACCAUGUCAAAAUCAUCGGUGACGUCUUGAGGGCGCUUUCGUUUGAUGAGCACUAUAUGGCAUACCGUGUGACUAAGGGCGAGAUGAUGAUGAUCCCUUCUGCUUGGAUUUUUGACCCCACUCCGCUGGCUACUUAUUCAGUGCAGACCGCAAAAUACGUGCCCCUCAGGUACCAGAUACCAGGUCUCCGAAUCACCUCUGAAAGCGGUCAACGAUGAAGGCGCUAGUAAACCAUCGAAGUGCUGCGCGCGUCUUCGAAUUCGAGUCUGUCCUGGACCUUGUUCAAAAGGUUCGAGCGUUCUUCGGUCUGCAGGGUGGCGAGUGGGAUCUGGAGAUCUAUGAUGACGACUGGUCCUCGUGGGUCCUGCUGAAUGAGGAAGAUGCGAUAACUGGUGUUCGGCCUCGCAUCAGGACCGUCAUGCGUGGCGAUCUGGUUGUUCUUGAAAGCACUGGGACGACAUCCACUUCGUCAGUGGUGGUUUCGCAGCUGGAUGCACCGGAGCCUCCAACGUCGCCCGAACUCCGUCGAUCAGGGGAAGACGCAGAGAUCCGGCCGAAGUCGGGAAGCGACGCUCGGCCGAAUCUCAACAAACCGCAGGAGUGUCUCGGAUGGAUACUAUGGAAGUCCUGGAUGCCAUGGAAGUGAUCCGGUUUGACGACAGCCAGCUGAGACCUGGACUCCUCGAAAAGCUUCGAAGCAAAAAGCCCGGCUCACCUCUGACCAGGACGGAGUGGAGCGAAGUGACGACAGUCAUCGUGACGUUCGAGAAAGCUUGUAACAGCGUCUCCAAGUCGUUAAGCUCUCCCAUGCCCUUUCUUUUUCCAAGCGUCCUGAACCUUACUCAUGCUCGGUACAUGGAGCUGGCUGACCGCGCCCUUGUUCAAUGGCCGGCGCUGCACUUUGGGUGCAGCCCGAAACAGGCACUGGUAAGCACUUAUUGCGUUGCUGUUUGAUUCCAUCAACUAAUAGAAAAUGACAUCGGUCCAGGUCCGGGACAGUUCGUGAACUUAUCUAAUCGAACUCAGCUGAAUAUACUGAACGGAGGCACUUAGUCACCAUGUCCUGAAUUGGAAAAUAGGUAAUUGAACUGAACCUCAAGUAAAGUCGAUCUGAAUGAACUG